AUGUGGUCUCCUAAGCGACAAGAAGGUCCCACGAAGAUUGUAGGACCUGCAUAUACCGUCAAAUACGUCCGCAAGAACUACGAGAAUGAACCCAAGCCUGCAGGCCAUUAUAUUGACUCAGUCCCCGAAGGAGCAAUAGUCUUCAUCUCAGCGCCUCCGCGAAUGCCAAAUGCUUGCUAUGGAGGCUUGAUGAGCACGCGAGCUCAGUACUCGGGAGCUGCAGGCACAAUCAUCGAUGGAAGACUUMGUGAUCUUCAGGAGCAUCGUGAUCUCAACUUUCCAGUCUUUGCGAGAGAUGUUGGAACGACUGCUCCGCAAGAAGUGGCCCGCGUCAGCGAAGUCAAUGCACCGGUCCGACUCAAUAGUGAGGAUCAAGACACAAUGAUCCAUCCUGGUGACUACCUGAUUGGUGACAUCAAUGGUGUCGUGUGCCUUCCAAAAGACCUAGCGGAGCAGGCAAUCAAUUUGAUCGCCUCGCAGGUGGAGGCCGACGAGAAUACCGCCAAAGACCUUCGCAAUGGCGCCAAAUUUGCGGAGGCAUCGAAGAAGCAUCGAGCCAAUGUCAAGCAGCCGAAGCUGGCAUAA